AUGAUCACGAACUCCACCGCCAGAUCUCGCCACCACCGCCGAUCUGACGCGGCGAGGUGGAUCCGGAGGUGGAAACGGAAGUGUGUGUGGAAGCAGAGAUCAAUCAAGCAUGCAAGGAACGAUCUGGAAAACAGUGUGCAUGAAGGCUACUUUGGAGGACGUUACCAGACACAAAAGAACGACUUAGACCACGUCGAGUUACCCCUGGAAAGUUUUAAAGUUUUUAUGCCACUUGUUCAAGUGAUCGUAACUGACGCGUUAGGUAUCCGAUGUGGUCGAAACUUCGUGGAGAGCGUGAUGGUACUACAAGAAGGAAGAAUCAACGGUGGGAUCGAAAAGUGGACGGUUCAUUCCUGA